AUGGUCGAGGUCUCCCUUACCGUAGGAAAACUUGAUGCAUCACUUGCAUUACUACUCACACAAGAUCAUCACCUGAUUGAAUUCCCCACCAUUCUUCUGCCAGAUGGGAUAUCGGCUGGAUCUAUUGUUAAAAUUCAUUGCGAAAGAGAUCUCAAGCAGGAGGAAGCUGAGGAUGCGACGUUUGAUAGGCUGCAGGAAGAGAUUUUUAACACUUUUGGCAAAAAUGAACCCAAAUGUCCUCAGCUUAAAAUCGUGAACGUUACCCAAACUUCCUGCGUUCUUGAAUGGGAACCAUUGGAGCUGGGCACAGCUGAAUUGAAAUCUCUGACACUGUACAAGAAUGGAACAAAGAUUGGUCAAAUAAGGAACCCUUUAACAAAAAAACACAUUAAAUUAAGUGGGUUGCCGGUUGACACCCAGUACAAAUUCCAUUUGAAGCUCGAGACCAGUGCUGGCAGCUAUCUAUCGAACUCUAUUGAAUUGAGAACUCACAAGAUGACAGAUUUAAGCGGUAUAACUGUUUGUAUUGGGGAGAUUGAUUUCAACGGUGAAUCAUUUUCUCUGCAAGACAUAGAACAGUCGGUCAACAAGAUUGGAGCAAGGCCGAUAUCAACGGAGGUGAAAAUUGAUACGACGCAAUUUAUAUGUACUCGCAAGACGGGUUUUGAGUAUGAAAAAGCGAAAUCACUCAACAUUCCAAUCGUACGUCCUGAAUGGCUGAAGGCCUGUGAACUCGAACGUCGAAUCGUUGGUGUCAGUAAGUUCUACCUAGACUCUGAAAAUCCAAUUUGGAAGGAAAAAGAGUUCUGGGACUCAACUAGUUCCGAGAUAGACCAAAGCCUAAAUAAGCUGAAGACUGAUAGCGCUAGUGAAGCUAAUGAGAAUUCAAGAGAUAGGAGUGGAAAUGACACAAUUGAUCCUAGGGAGAUGUUUGAGGAACGGUCCAACGAAGAAAUGGAGCCAAGUAAUUCGAGAAUUAGAGUCGAGGGGACUUCAGUCGACGCAAAGACUCUUGUAGAAGCGAAGGAGAAAGCACUUUCAUCAGAAAUUACCGAAUCAAAUUCUCUCACCAACACUGAUAAUGUCUCAAAUCAAAAGGAAACUAAAAAUGUUGAGGCAGAAGACAAUGCUCAUGAUGCCAUCGAAACUUCUGGAGAAAUUAGGAAGCGGCAUGAUCACUCUUUAGGAGAGGUACAAGAUCCAGACCCUAAUCAAUGUUUAGAAGAGGGCAAAAUAGAAGCAAACUCUAGAGAUUUGAGUCAGCCGUUCUUGAAUGACAAAACAGACGUGCAAGGACCCGGCGUCUCCAAUGACCAGCAUGGAGAGUCUGAUAAUAAUGAGGGAGAAGACGAUGAGCAUGCUGAAUCCAAAUUUGAACAGGUAGCCAUUCGAAAUUCGGAGGUGCCGACCGAUGCAGAAAUUAUCAGUCCACAGUGUAAUGCUCUAGAGUCUCCAAAAAAGCUUGACCAGAAUCCAUUAGGAGCAGAGGAUCCACAAGAAGCAUCCAGUCUCUCAUCAGAUAAGAAGAACAUUGGCGGAAAAAAGAAGAAGAACAGAAAGAAAAAGUGA